AUGGACCAGAUGAAACGCCUCGUUCAGAGAAUGGGAGAGUUAACUGGCAAACCAGAGGAAGGAAAACUACAUAUUAACCCGAUACACCCUGAGGUUAAUUCCUGCCUUGGAAACGACGAGGUUCUACGCGACCCCGAAAUUUACGUAGUGUCGUCCGAGCAUAAUCGCGAUAAAUUUGACGACUAUCUGAACACGAAGCAGAAACAGUUUGCCAGUCGAGGUUGGCAUGCCGAGUAA